AUGGCGCCCUCGUCAUCAGCAACACAACAAGUGCUUCUCUCCCCUGCCGAACUCUCCUACCUCCACUCGUCCCUCUCUCUAACACCACCCAUCCGCCCCGAUGGUCGCACAGCUACGCAAUUCCGACCCUUAAUAGCAGAAACAGAUAUUCUCCCCGGCACAAACGGGAGCGCGCGGAUAUGUUUUGCUGACGGGACGGAAGCUGUUGUGGGUGUGAAGGCUGAGGUGCAAAAAUCGCACCCUAGCUAUGCGCCGGGGACUGAAAUUGAUAUUGAAGCUGGGAAUGACGACGACGAAGAAGGUAAUGGGCAAGAGGAUGGAGAGGGAAAGAAAGGGAGGAAUGAGUGGGUGGAGAUUAGUGUUGAGAUUCCAGGCAUGAGGGACGAUGAUUCGAUGCCGGUUUUCCUGGGAGCGCUGUUGAGCGAGGCUCUACUGGCUGAUGGGGGAUUUACAGGGAGGUUGUGGAUCAAUAGGAGAUUCCAUUGGAAGCUAUAUAUUGAUAUUCUCCUCCUCUCGCAACCUCUAUCCUACCCACUACCAUUACUGUCACUUACCACCCAUCUCGCUCUCCUAUCCACGCGUCUUCCGAAACUCAAGUCAGAACUAGACGAAGAUCCUAUGUUCGACGAUGACUGGGACGCCUCCGUCUUCCUCUAUCCCCGUACGGAGCAAACGCUAGAUGCGGUCAGACCCCCAGUCACACUCCUUGUCAUGACGGUAAAAGACAACAUCAUCUUCGAUCCAAGCAAAGAGGAGCUCGCCGUCGCGGAAGUAUCAUUAGCAGUAUCAGUCGCAGAACGAACAUCAGCAUCAGGGGACAUGGAUGUUGAUACUGAGGGUGGAAGAGUGAGGGAUUUACGGCUUUUGGCUGUGAGGACCAUUGACCCCCCGAGCAGAUUGACACAUCCAGGCGUGCCGAAUACGCUUAAUACAGCUACAGGCGGAGGGACAGUGGGUACGACGGAGAUGGCUGUGAGCCAGCGGGAGACUAUGGAUCACGAAGAGGGGGUCUGGCAACCACCGAGGGGAGGUGCAAAGAGGAAGUUAAUAGCGGAGAUGAUUAGGAAGGUUUUGGAGAGAGGUGGUGUUGCGGAGGAAGUGCUAGACGGCCUCGAUGCCGUAGAGCUGGGCUGA